AUGCACUUGGGCUCUUGGCUGUUGGGUUGCCUGCUCGGUGGUAGUGAGUCACCGCGGCGGUCUGCUCGAGGACACUCGGGGGGUGGGGGACGGAGACGUUUUCUCCGGCUGAGUCAGCCGCAGGCCUUGUGGGGAGGUGGCGGUGUCGGGUUUCGCGGUCUGUUGGUGGGGCCGUGCGAGCCGCGUUGGUGUCCCUGUUUGGGCACGGCGCCGGAGGCUCUGCGCGGCGGUGGUGCGCACUGUGAAACAGCGGAAUACCCCCGAGAAGUUUUGGGUCUUCGGGUGAUUGCGUUUUCCAGUCUCAAGCCGCGCUUGGGUCGAGUUGGCGUGCCACUGCCAGGGCUAUCGGGUUCGGUAGCCUGGGGACCGUCAGGUUCUAGGCUGACGUGA